GUUUCAGUUCGGUAUAGAAAACUGGCGUAGGGGCAUUUAAGCCACAUUUCACACACUGAAGAACGAAAGUACUUUGAGGAGACAAAAAUCUUUCUUUUCAAAGGUACAAUGAUGAGAUGCUGUGGUCUGCUAACUGCCCAGAACAAACCAGUUCCCCUGAAGAGCAUUGAGGUGGAGCUGGAGGUGAGGGACCAUGUGGCUACAGUGGUCUCCAUUCUGAACUAUAAGAAUAAGGAGAACAAACCAUUAGAGGCUGUUUUUGUCUUCCCUCUGCCUGGAGACGCUGCUGUCUGUCAUUUCAGUGCUAAGAUCGGACAGACACAGAUUGUAGCUGAGGUGAAGGAGAAACAGAAGGCUCGUGAGGAGUAUGAUGAUGCUCUGAGCUCCGGUCAGCAGGCCUUCCUAUUGGAGGAGAGUGAUCAGAGUCCAGAUAUAUUCUCUCUGAGUGUGGGCAGUCUGCCUCCAGGAGAGAGCGCCUCCAUCAGGUUGGAGUACGUGGCUGAGCUGGCUGUGCAGGCUGAUGAUGGUCUGAGGUUCUGUCUGCCUACUGUGCUCAACCCUCGAUACCAACCUCAGGGGAGCUUUUCCCUCUCAUUGUUGCCAAGGAACUUGCUCAUAGGGGGUCUUUCGAGUGUGGGGUUAGUGCCCUACAGUCUGUCUUUCUCUGCCCGAGUGUCCUCUCCUCGUCCAAUCUCUAAAGUAGAGUCCAACUGUUCCCUGGACCCUCUCCAGUACCUCAACACUGAUCAAACCCAGGCCACGGUCAAACUGGCUGCAGGACACAAGUUUGACAGAGAUGUUGAACUGCUGAUUUAUUACAAAGAUGCUCACCAGCCCACUGCUGUGGUGGAGGCAGGACAGGCCUCUGCUGAGCCGGGCUCUCUGAUGGGUGAUCCAGUGGUGAUGGUGAGUCUGUACCCUGAGUUCCCCCAGUCUGCGAUGGCUUCAUGUGGAGAGUUUGUGUUCUUAAUGGAUCGAUCUGGAAGUAUGAGUAAUACUCGCAUCCGCAGUGCCAAGGAUACUCUGCUGCUCCUGUUGAAGAGCUUACCAAUGGGCUGCUAUUUCAACAUUUACAGUUUUGGGUCCUGUUAUGAACACAUCUUCCCUAAGAGUGUGGAGUACAGCCAGCAGACCAUAAAGGAGUCUCUGAAGAAAGUUGAGCAGAUGGAGGCUAAUCUUGGAGGAACUGAGAUCCUGGAGCCCCUCAAAUAUAUUUACAGCCAGCCCUGCAUUCCCAAUCAGCCUCGACAGGUAACACACACUCACACGCUCUUCUGGUUUGCUGUCUUCGUGGGGACAUCCCAAUAA